GUGGAGGCCACCUGUUGGGAGACCGGUUACUGUGGUCCUCGACCACGGGGGAAGCAUCUAAAUAUGGUGCCCUCUGGAAGAAAGCAUUUUGGGAAAUCUGGGAAGUCAUCAGCAGAGGAUCAGGUUCUAAAAGGCUAUGACUUUGAGAAAGAAGAUAAAAAAGAUCUGAGUGGUUCAGAGGAAGAUGUUACAAAAGGAAAGACUCCAGUAACUGAUAAACAUGGGAAGAAGAGGCCUUCUGCAGGAACAGUUGAAGAUGUUGGGGGUGAAGUACAGAAUAUGCUGGAAAGAUUUGGAGCUGACAUUAACAAGGCUCUUCUUGCUAAGAGAAAAAGACUAGAAAUGUAUACUAAAGCUUCUCUCAAAACUAGCAACCACAAAAUUGAACAUGUUUGGAAAACACAACAAGAGCAAAGGCAGAAGCUUAAACAAGAAUAUUCUCAGCAGUUUAUGAAUUUGUUUCAGCAGUGGGAUGUAGAUGUGCAGAAAGCUGAGGAACAAGAAGAAAAACUAAUUAAUAUGUUUCGGCAGCAACAAAAGGUUUUCCAACAAUCGAGAAUUGUUCAGAGCCAGAGACUGAAAACAAUUAGACAGUUAUAUGAGCAGUUCAUAAAGAGUAUGGAAGACUUGGCGAAGGAACAUGAUAGUCUCCUUACAAGUGCACAAAGUGAACUUAGAAAAGAAAUGGCUAUGUUGCAAAAAAAAAUUAUGAUGGAAACUCAGCAGCAAGAGAUGGCAAGUGUUCGAAAGUCUCUUCAAUCCAUGUUAUUCUGAUGACUCUUUGAAGAAAGAACUUGAAC